CGGAAUUAGUGCUGUUUAGCCACACUCGAAGUCUGUGAGGGCGUAGUCACGGCUGUCAAAAAGUCCAAAUACUUCAUACUCAAUUGCUUGACAUUUCACAGCUUCUUCAACCAAAAGUAUGCUCGAUUAUUCCAUAGAGUUUGUCAUUUUAUUGUCCUAAUAACCCCAUCUCAUUAUGGUUCGAGACAUAAUUUUUGAGGACUGUCUAACAUGUGGAUGUUCAGUGGAAUUGUCCCUAUUGGAAAACCAUGUGUCCAAUUGCAUAAUUCUAAAUGAGCGGUCUGUUUCUGAAGUCCAAAGGAAAAGGAAAUUAGAUGUGGACGUGGACAAAGUGAAACAAUAUCUAGAAUUCCUACUAAGGAAAUUUGCCAUUUGCUUGGAAUCUCAAGAAGGACUCUAUUUCGAGUCUUAAAAGAGAUCAACAUUACAGCUAGACCAAAAUACACUAAAAUUGGAAUGAAGAACUAGGAAUCAUAUCUUACCAACACAAUCUUCAAAAGAAACCCAAAAUUUGGUAAUUAUUGAGAUGAAUAGUGUAUUACAUUACAUUGUGAAACAAUAACUAGAUGAGAGAAUUCCUACAGCUACUCAUUCUUCAUCCACGGAGCCAUCGACGGAUAUUUUGAGGCAUUUUGUCUGAAGUUUUUAAUCUCUUGUGUUCACCUCUGUUACAAGGUGUGGCUUUGGGCUCCCUUCUCGAUUUUCUACAGGCAUUGGUCGAGUUUAAUGCACCUGGAUCUUGUCUUGGCUACCGCGAUCUGUUGAUGUUUAUGAUGAAUUUGGCGUCGAAACCUGGUCUUCACAAUACUGCUCAUCAUUCUGUCGCUCAGGCUGUUGCUUCAUUGGUUGUAACUCAACCAGUUUCUGAAGCUUUUACAUUGGUGCAGAAUUUCCUCCAGGAGGCUCAGAGACCUCAUUCUGAUUGGCAACACAUUUUUGCGCUCCUUUGUAUUGGAGAGAUCGGCAAACGAAUUGAUCUUAACCAGGUUCCAGGGUUAGGACAAGCAAUCAGCGAUUCUUUCGGCCCACCAAAUGAAGAAGUGAAAUCUGCAGCUUCGCACGCCCUCGGAUCUGUAACAGUUGGAAAUAUUCCAGGUUUCUUGCCCUUUAUUCUUACUCAGAUUGAAAAUCAAUCGCGGCGCCAGUAUUUGCUGCUCCACUCGUUAAAGGAAGUGAUUACUUCGCUAUCACUUGGAAUUGAGGCCAUUGCACAAUUACGCCCAUUUGUCCCACGAAUUUGGGAUCUUCUCUUCCGUCACUGCGAGUGUAAUGAAGAAGGAACACGCAAUGUUGUAGCCGAGUGUUUGGGAAAGCUUACGCUGACAGAUCCUGAGGGAUUGCUUCCACGUCUUCGAGCUGCUCUGAACUGCCCUUCUGCGUUGAUGAGAAGUACGAUCGUCACAGCAGCCAAAUUCAGAAUUUCCGAUCAAGUUCAAACCAUUGAUCCUCUGCUGAAGCAAUGCAUGGGCGAUUUUCUUCAAACCUUACAGGAUGACGACUUGAAUGUGCGACGAGUGGUAUUCAUUGCGUUCAAUUCGGCAGCACACAACAAGCCUUCGUUGGUCAGAGACUUGCUCGAUUCCGUUUUGCCUCAGCUUUAUAAUGAAACUAAAGUUAGAAAAGAGUUAGUCCCCGAAGUUGAAAUGGGUCCCUUCAAGCACACGGUUGACGAUGGUCUAGACCGUGGAUUGAAAGGUUUGCUGUGUUUUCUUUCAAAAAGCAAUCAAAACGUAACUCGCGUUACGUAACAACAAAAGCGCUAGAGGACUACACCACUGAGGCUCCUAAGUACUACACCACCAAAGCACCUGAGACUACACAAUUACGUAUGCUGCCCCAGCCUACUACACCGAGGCUCCAAAGUACUACACCACUAGUAAACCGGAGUACUACAGGCUACGUAUGCUGCCUCAACCUACGACACCGAGGCUCCAGCUUAUUACACCACCAAAGCGGUUGAAUACUACACAGAAGCGGCAAAGUAGAAAUCAGUCGAGUGAGCAUCUCCGACACCCAACACGGCAGCCCCGAAGUUUCGUAUUAACUUCGUUUCAAACAGUGGAACGUCAAAGAGUGAAGAAUUCUACUGCAAUCCCGUCGAAUUGAACGGUAAAGACAACGGUGGCGCAGCAGUCGUACGUGGACAAUCAUUCGUUAAACUUGACAUUGUCGUUCGGAAAGCCGAACUUGACUAUGUCCGUACCAUCACCUACGACAAGUGCCUGAUAGGCUAAUAUUGCUACAGGUGGUAAACGAAAAUCUUUUCCAAUCCCUGAGCGGUGCCCUCAAAGUUGCCCAGGAGCACGUAACGCUGUUCCGCAACAUCGAUGGCGGUAACAUGGGCCAAGUCCUCCCUAAAUAUGAGCGAAUGGAUGACCGAGAAGUUGAAUGCGGAAAGUGUUUUGUAUGGAUGGAUAACAAUUUUCGUCUUGGUGUCGGCCACGUCCUUUGUUGUUCCAGUCAACCGCCUGAUUAGUUAACAUCGAUACCUUUUUUAUUGUCCAAAUUAGUAUAAUUUACCAUCUAGCUUUGUACAGUCGGUUGACAAAUUAUACUUCGUUAAUUCUUGGCUUUCUUGCUGAUCGUGUCAAGCUUGGUCUUGGUUGCCGUCAAAUCUUUUGAAUUUGUUUCCAAGUUCUGGUUAGUGCCUGAAAAUCGUUCACGAACGAGUCAAUUUUUGCAUUUCCCGUUUUUUAGUUUUUUAUUAAUGUGUUUUUGUUAACAAAAAGUAUUGCGUUGAGAUCGACUACUUAAGUGCUGGUAGUCUUUAAAUUCUUGGUAGUUUCUGCAACAAGUUUUGAUUGCAAAUAUAAUCAGUUGAAAUUGAAAAACAAAUAUUUCAAUUUACUAACAAAUAUAUUCUUUCUAGCUCCGGC